ACGAUGGUUACCAUCGCGAUUUUUCAAAAAGGAGGCGCUAUGUUUACUGUAACAGCGAGCAUAAUAACAACAUGCAGCUCAUCGAUUUUGUGCACUAUUGCUCGUGUUUUAUUUGCCAAUCGGUUCGUUCUAGUAAACACUGGGAGCUAAUAAGCACCGGUGGUUCACCAUUCCUUCGGUUGGUGAAAACGUACGAGUUUAGAAACCUUCCUUCAAGGAAAUCGCCGGUGGUAAACAGUAAUUUUAUUGAUUUGACUAUUGGCAACGAUCCGUCCAGUGCUGACCAUGGCUGCGGUGAACUUUGUUCCGUUGAAUAUCAUGUCGUAUUCAAUGAAAGCUACGGGGUGCCUAUGCUCCUGUUCAACAUCUACAGAGAAUAUCUAGGCAGGAUGAACAUGGAAGACACAUGGGAUGCAUUGGAACUAUCGAAAGAAGCGAGUUCGUCGAAGCAAUAUGAAACGUUGACGAUGGUCGAACAUCCUUUGCUGUUUCGCCCGUUUCUGUGUCUUCAUCCGUGUAAAACGAAUGACAUACUGAGCAGCCUGAAAUCGGGCAACCCAAUAAUAACGUUUUUAUCAACGUACGGGCGGUUUGUGAAUCUAAACGUUUCAGAUCUGCCAACAUAUGACUGUGAGUUUGGAGAAAGCUGACUUUGUGGUUUCGGAGUAAGGUAGCAGAGCGUAUUUUGUAUGUUUGCUUAGCUUUGCAAUUUCUCUAUGUUUUUCAUUCACUAAUUUUUGUUUGUCGUGCUUUACUCUAGGUAGACUUGUUAGUUAUGACGAAACGUUAGCUUUUGUAAUUGAGCCAGGAUUGAUGUAUACCAAAGAUAGAUACUAGAAAUACCCAUUCGUUGGCUGUGAAACACUGUAGACUAAAUAAAAUGCCAUGGUUC